AUGCUUGAGACUGGUGCCGAGUACAUCAUGGAGUUGACCGACAAGACACGGGCCGACGUGAAGGGAGGAACGUUGAUCAAGUAUGAUGGCAAGGUCAGGUUGUUAGAGAUUGCACAGGUGCCCAAGGAGCAUGUCCCGGAGUUCAAGUCCAUCAAAAAGUUCACCAACUUCAACACCAACAACCUCUGGAUCAACUUGCGUGCCGUCAAGCGGUUGGUUGAGUCCGAUGCUCUUGACAUGGAGAUCAUUCCAAACGAGAAGUCCAUUUCCGUCGGCAGCUCCGAGCUGGGCGUUAUCCAGCUCGAAACUGCCUGCGGUGCUGCAAUCCGCCACUUCAAAGGUGCCCACGGUGUCGUUGUGCCAAGAUCUAGGUUCCUUCCAGUCAAAACCUGCUCCGAUUUGCUGCUUGUCAAGUCUGAUCUCUACAACUUGAAGCACGGAACCUUAGUCAUGGAUCCCUCGCGUUACGGAGGUGCGCCUUUGGUCAAAUUGGGCUCCAAGUUCAAGAAGGUCAAAAACUUCCAGGAGCGGAUUCCACACAUGCCUAAAGUUAUCGAGUUGGACCAUCUCACCGUUACUGGUGACGUCUACUUUGGAAGGGAUAUCCAGUUGAAGGGAACUGUCAUCAUUGUGUGCUCUGACGGCCACAAGAUCGACAUUCCGAACGGCUCUGUUUUGGAGAACGUUGUCGUUACUGGAAACUUGCAGAUAUACGAGCACUGA